CGACCCAGGAAGAGGUGGGAAGAGGCGGGCGCACGUACCCGUACGAACCACGUAAAAAAGGCAAAAGAUGUCAUUGUAGCAGCUUUGGAUGUGAUUAUGCCAGGGGAUGCAGCAUAUUUAUGGGAUGCACUGCAGUCGUCAAUGCUUGUGGACAAAGAGCUUGGAUCUGCAGAGAGUGACGACCACAAAUACCUUGAAGCCCUGGCAGAAACAUACAAAAAUGCAUCCUCUUGGGAUACAAGAAGGCAAGUCUUGUCCAUAAUGGCCGAUCUAGUCCCUUUCAAACGCCUUCAGAGGUAUUUGCCUGGUAUCACUGAGUACCGAGUGAAAAUUGCGCGCCAGCACAAAAAUGUGUUUGGUCGGGGCGUUCCCCUUUCAUUGAAGUAUAGUCCCCGAAUGCGGGUAGAUCCUAACCAACUUGACCAUUUUUUGACAUUUAUAACAAGUCCGCACAUCAUACAAGAUCUCCCAUUUGGACAGAAAUACAUGAAGUUAUCAACUGGUGAAGUUCUGGAGACACCCAACGUAAUUCGUAAUAUGAUUCCGGAACGAAUUGUAAUCCAGUAUACCAAAUACUGCGAAGAAGCCGGAUUCCAGCCGUUUGGACGCACAACGAUGUUAACCAUCCUCUCAAACUGUAGUGCCACUGUGAGAAAAUCGUUGCAGGGUAUCGACUAUAUUGCCGCAGAAGGAAGUAAGGCCUUUGACGAUCUUUGCCAUGUGGCGAGGAGACUAGAAGAAUGCGGGAUAUUGAAGAGAGAUGUCGCUGAGCAAUGGAGAAGUUGUCUGAAGAACGGGAAACAAUAUCUGAAGUCGGAUUAUAAGGUAUUCAAGAAUUAGCAUUAUGUACAUCGUACCUGGGGG